AUGAGUUCUGACAACUCGGAGUCUCAAGCUUCUACCUCCGCCGCAACUGCUUCCGCCAGUCCGGCCGUAGAUAUCUCCGCGUUCUCGCAGCUGCCUCAGCUCCUGCAGGUUCUGAUACAGCAACAGCAACAGCAGCAGCAACACCUCCAGCAGCAGACCACCGUUUCGACUGCUCUACUUCAGCAUCUGUCUCAGCCGAGUCAGCCUCCCGCUCCGGCUUCGGUUUCUCCAAGGAAUUUUCCCAAAUUACAGCCUUUGGAGGACACCGACGAUGCGGAGGCUUGGUUCCUUACCGCCGAACGCCUGCUCAUUGGUUACGGCGUGCCUCCCGAUCGGCGAGCCUUGGCGAUCGUACCCCACCUCAAGGGCAAAGCUCGCAGUGCUUACAAUAAUCUGCCCGUGGGUGACUCGAAGGAUUUCGUUCUCAUCAGAACUGCAGUACUCGCGCGUUUCCGAUUGGACGCGGAGGAGUAUCGCCUGAAGUUCAGGUCCAUAAAUUUGUCCUCGCCUGGCGAGACGUACAUGGAACUCCACCACCGGCAGAGGGAUUUGUUCGAAAAAUGGAUCACUCACGCAGUUGCGUCUGGGGGCACAAUCGAUGUUCCGUUCGUGACUGACCAGAUAGUGCGCGAGCAGCUGCUCUCCACCCUGCCUGCGGAAGUGCGCCGGCAUGUACAGGAGCAACCACGAGUGAGUGCUACUGACACGGCCAAGCUGGCUGACGCGUUUGCGCGCGCGCAGGCAGACCUGAGCCGGACUGCUCCACCGCUAGGAGGUGCUCCAGUAACAGUACACUCCGUCCAGCAUCGUGGGUCAUCUGGCAAACCUACGUCCUCCGAACGUGGUUCCACCUCUAACGCCUGUGGAUACUGCGGAGGCAAAUCCCACGCACGCUCAGCCUGCCCGGCACGCGAAAAAACGUGCAACAAGUGCAACAAGCGCGGGCACUACGGCGCUGUCUGCCGCUCAUCCCGCCAUGCCCGUGCGCUAUCGGCCGAGUCUUCGCCGGGCACCGAUGCCGUCGCUUCUCCCAGCUCCGUGUCUGAGGAAUCUAUUGAUCUGGUCCCCAUCUACGUUGGUGCCGUAUCCGCGCACCCUCCCAGUUGGCAGGUUCAGCUCACCAUCAAUGGCACCACCGUUCCAUUCAAAGUCGACACCGGUGCCGAUGUGUCUGUCAUCUCCGAGGAGGUCUACAACUCCCUUAGCACAUCCCCGCAGCUCCAGCCUUGCCGGCACGUUCUCGUCAGUGCAGCCAACACCAACCUCGAGACAUUGGGCCUCUUCUCCGCGCGGCUCGUCUUUCCCACCUCUGGUUCUUCACACACUUGCACCGUGUACGUUGCCAGAGGCCUGCGCGUAUGUCUCCUAGGGGGCCCUGACUCCGUCGCUCUUGGUCUAAUCAAACGUUUGUUCUCCAGCGACACCGCGUCCGCUACACCACUUUCGACCGCUCCGGAGCCCAGUCAAUCCACGGACGAUGCGCCGGGUAGCUACUCCUCAGCUCCCGCCGGGUCAGAACCUCUGCCUCUGACGACACCUGGCGACGCUCUCCCACAAGACAUUCUGCAGGAAUUUCCGUCACUCUUCUCUGGUCUUGGGUCACUCAACGAGCCGUACAACAUCGAGCUCUCACCUGAUGCCAAGCCAUCGUGUCUCUACGCUGCGCGAAACAUCGCACUGCCGCUCCGCUCUAAAGUGGCCACCGAGCUUCAGCGCAUGGAACAGCUUGGUGUAAUCCGCCCUGUCGUGGAGCCCACUGACUGGUGUGCGGCAAUCGUGGCCGCACCUAAGUCCAACGGCACGGUAGGCAUCUGUGCUGAUCUGAAACCUCUGAACGAAGCCGUCCGACGGUCACACCAUCAGCUGCCAACAGUAGACGAAACUCUUGGCCAAAUCGGCGACUCAACGGUGUUCACGAAGCUCGAUGCCAACAGCGGGUUUUGGCAGAUCCCGCUGGACAGUCCCUCCCAGCUUCUAACCACCUUCAUCACCCCCGCUGGUCGGUUUUGUUACACGAAGUUGCCGUUCGGCAUUUCCUCUGCGCCUGAGAUAUUCCAGCAGCGCAUGUCAAAGAUCCUGGCUGGGCUCACCCUCAAUCCGUCGAAGUGUGAGUUCGCCGCCCCCGACCUGUCCUUCUUGGGAGUGCGGCUCACUGCUGCCGGCAUUCAACCAGGUGACAGCAAGACCUCUGCUAUCCAGCGCUUCCGUCAGCCUCAAACCGUCUCAGACAUCCGCAGGUUCAUGGGUCUGGCGAACCAACUGGGAAAGUUCUCUCCCAAUCUCGCCGCCCUCAGCCAGCCACUGCGAGAGCUGUUGUCUAAAGGUCGCGCGUGGACUUGGGGUCAACCACAGCAGGCAGCCUUCGACAACAUCAAGGCAGAGCUCUGCAAGCCAGCCUGUCUGCAGCGCUACGACCCCAACUACGACACCAAACUAUCUGCCGACGCCUCGUCCUAUGGCCUCGGUGCCGUGCUCUACCAGCGCCGGUCCUCAGAUGAUGAGUGGCGUCCCGUCGCUUGCGCAUCCCGGUCUCUCACAUCGGCCGAGCGCAACUACGCCCAAAUCGAAAAGGAAGCUCUCGCGAUCACUUGGGCUGUUUCCCGCUUUGACAAUUACCUGCUUGGCAUGGCGUGCUUCCUCAUCGAGACGGAUCAUAAGCCUCUCGUACCUCUUCUCAGCACGAAGCGCCUACACGAUCUCCCAGCGAGAGUCCUGCGCUUCCGACUCCGCCUGGCACGAUAUCACUACCAGAUCAUUCACGUUCCAGGGAGCUACCUCACCAGCGCCGACGCUCUCUCACGCGCCCCUCAAGACGACUCCCCGAGUCGGGAUGACAUCACCACUCAGGCUGAGUGCGACGUGUUCGCUACUAUCGCAGUCGAGAAUCUAGCUGAUCAGACCGUCCCGACGCAGCAGGUUAGAGACGCCCAGCAACAGGACGCUACAUGUCAGCAGCUGCGAACCCUCAUCCUCGAUGGCUGGCCCUCCGCUAUCCGCGAUGUACCGCAGCCCCUCCAAAUUGCAUCCCUCACUUCCACGACAUCAGCACGGAUCAUCGACCAUCUCCACUCAAUCUUCGCCCGACAUGGCAUUCCAGCAGUCCUUCGAUCGGACAACGGUCCCCAGUUCUCGUCCGCGGAGUUUGCCCAGUUUGCGACCAGGGCCGGCUUCCGUCAAAUCACGAGUAGCCCUCACUACGCACAGUCGAACGGCGAGGUUGAGCGUGCCGUCCGCACCGUGAAGGCGUUCCUGAAGAAGUCCGCCUCAGCAGCUGACUUAUAUGAUGCCUUGCUGGCAUAUCGGUCGACACCCCUCAGUUUCGCGCCGUACAGCCCGGCGGAGCUACUCAUGGGUCGCCGCCUCACAACGCCGGUUCCAUCACAGUCAGCCCAGCUCCAGCCCAGCUCAGUGGACACGGAUGCCUUCCGUGCAGCCGACACAGCGCAACGCCAGAAGUCCGGAGCUCAGUACGACCUGCGGCACAGAGCGACUAUCCUGCCCGCUCUCCCCCCAGGCGCGGACGUGAUCGAUGUCUCAACUCCAGGUCGCCGGGAGAGGGGUACAGUGGUAGCAAGAUCAGCUGAACCCCGAUCCUACAUAAUCCUGUUGUCAUCCGGACAAGUACGACGAACCCGGCAUCACCUGAUCGCUAUCUGA